AUGUCGCAGCACAACCUCUCCUUCAUCAACUCAUCCUUUACUACCAUCGCCAUCAACCUCCCAGAACUCGUAGAAUCCAUCCGCCACCACCUCGACCAAUCAGACCUCUACGCCUGCGUCCGAGUCAACCGCGCCUGGAACGAAGCCUUCAUCCCCCUCUUAUGGUACGCCAUUGACACCCAUACCCUGACCUGGUGCAAGAUCAUCAACGACGACGCUUCGGGGAAGAAACGAUCACGGAACGACACCGAGCGGUGGGUUAUGGCGAUUCUUGAAAAGUAUGGGCAUCAUAUCCGGCAUUUUGACGUCCAUUGGGAUGUGGUCCUGGAAGCGGCGGCGUUGAGUAGUAGUGGGUGUAAGGGUUUGGUCUCGUUGGCUGUUGAUGCGGUGUGGCAUAACCAUCGCACUUUGGUGACUGUACUGACUGGACCUACUGGUAGCCAUGGUGUUGAUGUUGUUAUGGGUUUUGAUGUUUUCGAUGAGGUCCACCCUCCGGUUACUUGGUCGACCCGAAAAUGGGCGGAGUUCAUGGACAUCUACGAGUAUAAGGAGCAGGCGAGACAUCAACGGGAUAUUGAACAGUUCUUCAGUCUCAUCCGACAGAACCCGGGACUCGUUCGGAUCACUUUCCCUGGGACCAUCAAAGACCUGCCGACAGGUCUGCUCACCGAGACGUUUGGCGGGCUGAGGAAUUUGAAGGAACUGGAUCUGGAAUGGAUGGCGUUGGAUGUUGAGGUUGCUCUGGAAGCAGUGCCCGGGGUGGAGAAGCUGCGAGGGUAUGCGCUGACAGGGUUCACGUCUCUGCAGCGGAGGUAUGGAGCCCUACGGGUUUUGAGUUAUCAACGCGAUAUCGAGUUCCUUAGCCUGCUUGUGCUGCUGAAGCACUUGCCUGGGUUGGAGGAGUUGUGGUUGUGGAAGAUCGUAUCAAACACGCCCUCAUCAGCCUAUAGUAUUGUGAACGCCGCUGUAUCCGCAACAGAGCUGUUCCCACAAGUGCGGGUGUUACGACUAGAUGGGCCAUUGACAAUACGGGACGAUGCGUUGAUUGCACUGCUGGUGGGGGUUUUCCCAGGACUGGAUCGGUUCUGGAUUCCGGUAGUGCGGGAGGAGGUCAAGAAGGCGUUGGAGAAGAAAUGUUGCUGGUUGAGGGAAAUCCACAGUGAUGGGCGGACGAUCGAGGCCUGGAUGACUGUCUUGCAAAGGAGGGGGCAACGAGAGGAUAGUUGA